CAUGCCUAAUUAUCGACGAAAGGAGGACGUGAACAAGGCUGCCGUAUCUCACCUUCAGACUUUGUCCUGGUCCAGAGAUGAAUACAACAUGUCUUCAUCUAGAACGCAUAAGACUCUACACUGGUUCAGAAAGGGGUUACGUUUACAUGACAAUCCGGCACUAUUAGCAGCUUGCACCAAAGACUGUGCUGAAUUUCGUCCAAUCUUUAUCUUGGACCCUUGGUUUGUGAAAAAUGCCAGAGUUGGAGUGAAUAGGUGGAGGUUUCUGCUGCAGGCUUUGAAGGACUUGGAUGACAGUUUGAAGAAAUUGAAAUCUAGGUUGUUUGUCUUAAAGGGAAAGCCCCAUGAAGUGUUUCCAAAGAUAUUUAAAGAGUGGGGUAUAACUAGAUUGACCUUUGAGGUUGACACAGAGCCAUAUGCCAGAGUGAGAGAUGCAGAGAUUAUAAAGCUGGCUAAGGAACACAAUGUUGAAGUUAUACAGAAGAUCUCUCAUACCCUUUAUGAUACUGAAAAAGUGAUUGCUAGAAAUGGAGGCAGUGCACCACUGACAUAUCAGAGGUUUCAGACUGUCCUGUCUCAGCUUGGAGCGCCACCUAGAACCGCAGAAACACUCACCUCCGAGCAUUUAAAGGGGUGUAUUACACCAGUCACGGCAGACCAUGACCAGGAUUAUGGUGUUCCAACUUUGAAGGACCUGAAAGUGGAUACUGCUGACAUGGGGGAGGUCGUGUUUCCUGGGGGAGAGACCGAGGCACUGAAAAGAAUGGAACGAUACCUGAAGAAAUCUAACUGGAUCUGUAAUUUUGAGAAACCGAAGACAGAACCAAACUCUCUUGAACCAAGCACCACAGUGUUGAGUCCAUACCUGAAGUUCGGCUGCCUGUCAGCAAGGCUGUUCUGGCACAGACUGCAGGAGAUCUACAAACAGUGUAAGAAACAUUCCCAACCCCCUGUCUCCCUCCAUGGUCAGUUACUGUGGAGAGAGUUCUUCUACACAGCUGGCCUGGGCGUGGCCAACUUUGACAGGAUGGAGGGCAAUCCUGUGUGUAGACAGAUCCCCUGGGAGAAUAAACCUGAAUACAUUGAGGCUUGGACACAUGCCAGAACAGGCUACCCCUUCAUAGACGCCAUAAUGACUCAGCUGCGUCAGGAAGGCUGGAUCCACCAUCUUGCUCGUCAUGCUGUGGCGUGUUUCCUCACUAGAGGCGAUCUCUGGGUGUCUUGGGAAGAAGGGCAGAAGGUGUUUGAAGAGUUGUUGUUGGAUGCAGAUUGGAGUUUGAAUGCUGGCAACUGGCAGUGGUUAUCAGCCAGUGCUUUCUUUCACCAGUAUUUCAGAGUGUACAGCCCCAUUGCAUUUGGAAAGAAAACGGACCCACAAGGAGAAUACAUCAAAAAAUAUUUACCCAUGCUGAAAAAAUUUCCAAAAGAGUACAUCUAUGAGCCGUGGAAAGCGCCUAGAGCCAUGCAGGAAAAAGCGGGUUGCAUCAUUGGGAAGGAUUAUCCCAGACCCAUUGUUGACCACGGGGAAAUCAGUAAAGUGAACAUUAAAAAGAUGGCAGCUGCCUAUGCACUUAAUAAAGAUCAAAAUGCCACGGAGAAGGGUACACCAAAGAAGCGUAAAUCAGAAGCUGAUGCCAAUGAGAAGUCGAAAAGUAAAAAGCCAAAAAAAGGAUCGUCGGAAAAAAUAACAAACUUUUUAGAGAAAUAAAAUUAGUUUCAUUCCGGAGAAAGGUUGUACAUGUACCUCUAACAUACUCUAGCUUUUAGCGAGAUGCAAUGCCUUUAAUUCAACACCUAUUUGUGGAAUUGUAAAAUCACAAUGGGCAGCAAUCAUGGUAUAUUCCUACAUACUGACUAUAAAUCCUCUAAGAAACUGUAGAUAACUUUGGACCGAUACGAGACGCCUUCCAUCA